AACAAGCUCAUCCCUGGGAACGGCCCGGCCUCGACCGCCGUGCUCCUGCUCCAGGCCGGUGUUGGCGACCUGCCACCCCUGGUGGUCGCCGCCGAUGAGAUGGUCGCCGGGAACGCGCACGUUAUCCAUGAAGAUGGCGUGCUGGUCGUGGCCCACGAGCAGCUCCAUCUCCCUUACCUCCAGCCCCUCCGAAGGCAUCGGGAUCAUGAAGUAACCCAUGUUCCUGUGCCGGGGCGCGUCAUCGUCCGUGACCAUCGGCCCAAAGAGGUAGUCGGGGCCUUCCGCGUCCCACUCGGGACGUGGCUUUCCGCUGAUGAAGACGUUCUGACCGGUGAGCAGCCAGUCGUCACCAUCCCGAACGGCGCGGCUGGUGUAGCUGGCCAGGUCUGCGCCGGACCGGGGCUCGGGUGUACUUCUGCCACAUGAUCUUCUCACCCCUCAGUAUGGGGGCGAGGAACUUCUCCUUCUGCUCGUCGGUGGUCCACACCAGGAGAGCAGGGAAGCCAGUCUGGUUGUUCAUAGCCCUCACCACCCUGGCGUUGGAAAACUCCUCAUCCAGAAUGGUCUCAUGGUCUCCUGACAGGCCUCCUCCUCCGUACGCCUUGGGGAAGGUGGGAUACAGCCAGCCCUUGGCGGCCAUAUCCCGAUGCUUCUCUCGCCAGAACAGGUAGUGCUCCUUGGAGAAGUCCCGGGCGUCUACAGGAUCCUUCAUCUCUUCAGGAAUGUUCUCACCCAGCCAGGUGCGCACUUCCUUCCGAAACUCCUCUUGCUCCGGUGUAUACGGCAAUGCCCAAUCCAUUUCGCGCUCCUUUCUCCGACACGGCCCCUCUAUGUUCUUUAGCUAAUCCACCAGGGGCCUUCACUCCGUGCCUCAUCAAGGCCCCAAUGCCGCGCAGCCUUGCCGUCCAUACCAACAACGCAC